AAUAAUGUUAAAAAAAUACGUAAUUGCUAAUUUUACUGAUAAGUAAAACGAUUUUUUUAAAUAAAAUUUGUACGCUUAAUUUUCCCCACCUCUAGAGACCGACGACUAUCGUCAGCUGUUCCUGUUAGUGCUAUAUAACAUGCACAGAUAUUUAUUAAACAUAUCGUACAUUGGCACGGCUUUUCGUGGUAUUCAGAAAACGGUCAACAAGUUACAGCAGCCGCAUCUGGACACCAACACCGUUCAAGGCAGUUUGGAGCUGGCUCUCCGGGUUUUUCAUCCCACAAACGAGAUAAUUACUGUUCUCUCCAGUCGAACAGACGCAGGUGUCCACGCCCUUCACUCUACGGUCCACGUCGACCUACAGAGACCUAAUGGGGAGCCCUACGACACGACCACGUUAACCGGUGUGCUGAACCGAACCCUUGGUAAACAGCGUCUUCCGAUUCGUGUGCUUAGCAGCCAGUUGGUUGCAGACACCUUUCACUGCCGCUACCACGCCACGGGACGAACUUAUUUGUACCGCUUUGCUGUGGCAAAGGAACCGCCCUCGGGAAAUGAUAAUCUCAGAAACAAGGGAUUUGAGACGUUUAUGCCUGUGGAGGAAAUAGAUCGCUGUUAUUUUCUGCAAGCCCCGAGGUUUGAUAUAGAUAGAGUAAAAGCUGCAGCGCAAAUGUUCAUCGGAGUUCACGACUUUCGGACUUUUAUGAGCGUCAGUCGGCAGAAAGGACCAAGUCGAGAUCACCCCAUGUUUACAGUGCGUAAAAUAGACGAAGUCAAUAUACAACCAGGUAAAACGCUCGCUCUUGCUGCAAACGCAACUCUCGCUGCAGAAACUUAUGACUAUUGGGACGUUAAGAUCAAAGCCAAGUCAUUUGUGUACAAGCAAGUUAGGCGCAUUGUCGGCGCAUUGAUUGCCUUUGGAAGCGGGCGCAUCGAUGACAGGUGCCUCUACCAGAUGCUCACCAUUCCCUCAAAGAACUCUUGGGAUCACCGUGUGCUCUUGGCGCCAGCCUGUGGGCUCUACUUGUGCCGGGUGCAUUACAGAGGAGAAGACAACUAA